CAAAACAUUUAACCCACCGUGCGCACGACGGACAGCUGUCAUCAUCAGCAAGCUCUGCUUUUCAACUCUCUUUUUCGCGUGUGUGACAACGUUCGCCAUUUGUGUGUUCCGCGAGUGACCGCUUUUGUCGUCGAGAAAUCCGUCGUUGAUCCAACGGGAAGCACUUGAAACUAUCCCGAUCAGCAUCCGUAGAUACCAUGCCGAAGAAUAAAGGAAAGGGAGGAAAGAACCGUCGUCGUGGUAAGAACGAAAACGAAUCGGAAAAACGUGAGCUGAUCUUCAAGGAAGACGAGCAGGAAUACGCACAGGUCACAAAAAUGCUCGGCAAUGGCAGGUUGGAGGCGAUGUGCUUCGAUGGUGUCAAGCGGCUGUGUCACAUCAGAGGCAAACUCCGGAAAAAGGUUUGGAUUAAUCAGGGCGACAUCAUCCUCAUCGGCUUGCGUGACUACCAGGACUCGAAGGCGGACGUCAUCCUAAAGUACACUCCGGAUGAAGCGCGAAAUCUCAAGACCUAUGGUGAGUUCCCGGAGUCGGUACGCAUCAACGAUACAGUCACAUUCGUCGACAACGACCUGGAUGACGAUAUCGAGUUCGGUGAUGAGUACAGUUCCGAAGAAGAGGUUGACGCCGUCGAUGCUAUAUGAUCGGUCGGCGCCAAAAGCAGCACAGCUCUCGGCGGCAGCAGCAGUAGCGGCAACAUUCAAUAGUUUUGCAGCAUAUCUGCAACAGUUUGCGGAAUAAGAAAUCGAAAACAGCUGAGCUAAAUUGAUUCAGUAUCCCAAGUUCAAUAUAAAACAUCCACAACUGGUUUUUGUUGGAAAACUAUAGAAACACACUGAAGUAGGAAGCAUCAAAAUUAUUAAAUGAGACGGGCAAAUAUGUACACAUGCAUUGUUUUAUUUUAUUUUAAUGCAUUGUAUU